UGCCAUGCAGCAGCCCCCGCUCCCUCCGAACCCGCCGCAACCUGCCGGCGACGGCAUCCCGUACCUGGGCUCACGCAUUUCGCUGGUCUCCAAGACGGACAUUCGCUACGAGGGUUUCUUGUUCAACAUUGAUACGCGCCAGAGCACCGUUGCGCUGCAAAAUGUCCGCUCUUUCGGCACCGAAGGCCGACGUCCGGAGCAUGUUCCGCCGUCGCCUCACAUUCUGCAGUAUGCAACCUUCAAGGCCUCGGAGAUUAAGGAUCUGCAUGUGUGUGAAGCCGCGCCGCAACCUCCACAGCCUCCGCAGCCACCACAACCUCCACAGCCACCGGUACAGCCUCCAGUUCAGCCUCCGUUGCCCUCUGGUCCACCACCCCCGCCAAUAACAGCCCCGACACCCGCUCCCGCGGCUCCCAAACCCACUUUAUUGACCCCCGGGUCGGUCUCUAGUGCUCAGAAGCAACAGACUCAGAUUCAGGAACAUACUCAGACGCAGAAUCAGAGUCAGCGACGAUCUCAGACCAAUAAUGCUCGUACGAUCCCCGGCAUGGGCGGCCACUUGUUGAAGCGCAAGGAACGUCGCGUUCCUGGAGGAGCUGACGCAGCUGGAGUAGGCCCGGAUGAGGCCUCGGGAGAGUUUAACUUUGCCGAGGGAUUGAACGACUUUAACAAGCAGCAGGAGUUCUCCAAGCUCGAGGAAAGCGCCAAGCAGGAGCCCAAGGGAAGUUACCAAAAGUCUUCCUUCUUUGAUACCAUCUCGUGCGACGCACUGGACCGAUUGGAAGGACAGCGAUCCAGAAUGAGCGGGGCCGAGGAGAGGAAGCUUAACACGGAGACGUUCGGAGCCGUGGGCUUGAACAACCGCCGCAACUUCCGUGGCCGUGGCCGUGGUCGACGUGGAGGAAACCGCAAUGGCAACUGGAAUGGCGGUCGCGGCGGCCGUGGAGGACGCAACAGCAACAAUGGUUUCCCCAGACCGCAACCUGCUGGCCCCUAGAUUAGUGAAGCUGCCUAUUUUGUUGACGGACUGCAGGCCUUCAAGACAAGUUACUGGAUAGGAUAAAAGCAGCAGACAAUGCUGACUCACCACACUAAUGGACAAAACGAAACCCACUCUCGGUUUUCAACGAGUUUAAUCAUUGGUUUUGGAUUAAAACAUGGCAUGUUAUCCUGCAGU